GCACCCUGCUUGCCUGCAGAUGGCUUCGUGCCCCUGGGCGCCCUCCUGCAGUUGCCCCAGUUCCGCCUCUUCUCUGCUGAAGAUGUGCAGCGCGUGGUGGACACCAAUGGGAAGCAGCGGUUCGCCCUGCAGCCAGGGGAUCCCAGCACUGGCCCUCUCAUCCGGGCCAACCAGGGCCACUCCCUGCAGGUACCUGAGUUGGAGCUGAUGCCCCUGGAGACACCACAGGCCCUGCCCCAGGUGCUAGUCCAUGGUACAUUCUGGAAGCACUGGCCAUCCAUCCUACUUAAGGGCCUGUCCUGCCGGGGAAGGACGCAUAUCCACCUGGCCCCAGGACUGCCUGGAGACCCCGGUGUCAUCAGUGGCAUGCGGCCACACUGUGAAAUAGCUGUGUUCAUCGAUGGACCCCUGGCCCUGGCAGAUGGAAUACACUUCUUCCGCUCUGCCAAUGGAGUGAUUCUGACUCCAGGGAAUACUGAUGGCCUCCUGCUUCCCAAGUACUUCAAGGAGGCCCUCCAGCUACGCCCUACCCGAAAGCCCCUUUCCUUGGCUGGUGAUGAAGAGACAGAGUGUCAGAGUGCCCCCAAGCACAUCUCCAGAGGAAGGAGGAGGAUCCAACAAUAAAAUAUUAAUUUAUAAAAAAGAAAAUUUAAAAAGUAACAAGAAAGAAACUCCAGUUCAAAACCAUGCUUCAUCAUCCCGUA